UUUACAUAUAUGUCAUGCGUUUGUGUUUUUCAUUGAUGUGUGUAUGCGUUUUUUGUUCUGUGGAGCACGUGUGUAGAUCUUUUUCAAAGGGGGGAGGGGUCUGCCCACAUGGUGAUUAAUUAUUCAUAAGGUGGGCGGGGAUAAGUCAAAGUAGGAGGUGGCAGACGGGGGAAUCUGUGUUUGCUGUGCGUGAGGGAGGCAGAAAGAGAGAGGGAACAUCAGAGACAGUUAGUAAGGGCUUGAGGUAAGGAUGCACAGAGGCAUAACAGCCCCCAGAAGACACGUCAUUAAGGAACUACACGCAUGCUUUGCUUCUUGAUGGCACAGGCUGUAAGCCACAGUGACCUACUCCUCUAGUCAAAGGAUUUUAAAGCAAGCAAACAACCAGCACAAAUAAAUGAGGAAUCUACUCUAAUAGAGAUGACAGGCCAGCUCACUCUUACCAGUUACGGAGACCUUCUUGCCUAAGAGCAAGCGGGCAUCUCUAGAGACUAUAUUCACACCCUUCACACAAUCCACCAAUCCCUCCUUAUGAUAAGCAGGAACGAAGGAGGAGAAAAACACAGGGAGGAGCAGGGAACCCGUGUCCCAGGAGGUGGGAUGGCACAGCUACAACCAUUAAGAGAUCCAGAAUGUAUUUAAUCACCAAGACCAUCAGAGCAUCAUGACCCAGCUCUUCUCCUUGCCGCAAGGAUCCCCCUCAUCCCACCUUCAGUAGAGUAGGUCUUAGACGUCUCUGCCAUCAUCAACCUUGAAAUUGGCCAAAUUUCCAACCAUUUUGUGUCAUACAGCGCAUCUAAAAGUGUGCAAGUAAAUCAGUAGGGACCUGGGACGGGAGGGGUCAGCCAAUUGGAGGAGAGAGAUGUGGACGCAGGAGCGGUGGGCGGCACUGGCAGUGUUGUCAAUAAUCUUGCUGCUGUUAAAGGUGGCGGCUCCAAUCGAAGUCCCACUGGACCCAAAGAUCCAGCAAGAGCUCAAACAGCCCCCCACCAUUGUGAAGCAGUCACUAAAGGACUACAUUGUGGACCCCAGAGAUAACAUCAUCAUUGAAUGUGAGGCCAAGGGGACUCCAGUGCCAACGUUUCAGUGGCGGAGGAAUGGGAAGUUCUUUAACGUGGGGAAGGACCCGCGGGUGACCAUGCGGAGUCGUUCCGGAACACUGGAGAUCAGAAGCAGCGGGAAACCGGAAGAUUAUGAAGGAGAGUACCAGUGCUUCGCCUCCAAUGACUUUGGCACGGCGAUUUCCAACAAAAUCCUACUACGAGUGUCAAAGUCUCCGCUGUGGCCGAAGGAGGUUCUGGAGCCAGUGGUUGUGCGUGAGGGGGAAUCACUCGUCCUGCCCUGCAACCCUCCUCCUGGUCUCCCCCCUCCUGAAACCUUCUGGAUGGACAGCUCCAUUAUGCCCAUAAUACAGGACAAGAGGGUGUCAAUGGGUUUGAAAGGUGACUUGUUCUUCUCCAAUGUUCUGGCUAGAGAUGCCAACACUGACUACAGCUGCAAUGCUCGCUUCGAGUUCACACACACCAUUCAACAGAAGAACCCCUUCACCCUUAAAGUGCUAACAAAGGAACCUUAUAAUGACACGUUUCUCAACUCCACUGAUCUGUAUGGUGCACGUAAUGUACCAGAAACCCAGCCCACCUUUCUGUCUCCAAAGGGCUUGUCCAGCUCCAAGAUAGUGCUUCGAGGGGAACAGCUUCUGCUGGAGUGUAUAGCAGCUGGAGUCCCAUCUCCUAACAUUGAUUGGAUUAAAAAAGGAGCAGACCUCCCAUCGAAAAAAGUCAAGAUUGAGAACUUCGGUAAAACUUUACGCCUCCUCAAUGUGUCUGAGGAGGACUCUGGUGACUACGUCUGCAUGGCCAGCAACAAAAUAGGCAGCAUUCGCCAUUCCAUUGAAGUCCAGGUCAAAGCUGCUCCCUAUUGGCUAGAUAAGCCCACCAAUCUGGUGCUUGCCCCUGAUGAGAAUGGACGAUUAGUGUGUCGUGCCAGAGGGAACCCUAAACCCACUAUCCAAUGGCUUGUGAAUGGGGAACCUAUUGAAAGUUCACUGCCAAACCCAAACCGGCAAGUUCUUGGUGACACAAUCCUGUUCCAUUCAGUCCAGAUCGGCAGCAGCGCAGUUCACCAAUGUAACGCCUCAAAUGAACAUGGUUAUCUAUUGGCCAAUGCGUUUGUAAACAUCCUGGACAUGGCACCACGGAUGCUAGGUCCAAAGAACCAGCUGAUCAAAGUCAUUGAAAACAACAGGACCUUCCUUGACUGCCCUUUCUUUGGCUCACCGUUCCCUUUACUGCGCUGGUUCAAGAAUGGCCUAGGGAGUGGUCUGGAUGGUGGUCAGUACAAGUUGUACCACAACGGUACUUUGGAGAUUAAACAAGCCCGGCCAGAAGACCAAGGCACCUACACUUGUGUUGCCAGUAACAUUCUGGGCAAGAUGGAGAAUCAGGUGCGCCUGGAGGUUAAAGAGCCCACAAGAAUAGUGCGGGCACCUGAACAUGUCACACAGGCCAAAGGAACCACGGUUCGCUUUGAUUGUCGAGUUAAACAUGAUCCUUCCCUUCCUGCUACGGUCACAUGGCUAAAAGAUGACAAGCCUCUAAGCUUUAACUGGAUUGGCCGGUUCAGAAAGGAUGAUGAGACCUUAACUAUUUACAAUGUCAAUCCAGAAGAUGCAGGAACCUACACAUGCACUGCCAAAACUGAGAUAGAUGAGAACUCUGCCUCAGCUCGCCUUACAGUUACAGAGGAUGACAUCUCGUCUGCCUCAAAUCGUAGUGCCUUUGCAGGUCGACCCGACCCCCCUCAGGAUCUUGAGCUCUCGGACCCUUCAGCACGUAGUGUUAGACUCACCUGGGUGCCUGGGAAUGAAAACAACAGUCCUGUUACACAUUUCCUUGUCCAGUUUGAAGAGGACAGGUGGGAGCCUGGGAAGUGGCAAAACCUGUCUAUAUUUGAUGGCAACCUAAACUCAGUUAACCUGCAACUGUCACCCUUUGUCAACUACCAGUUCAGAGUGAUUGCAAUCAAUGCUGUGGGCCAGAGUCAACCCAGCCUUCCCUCUGCCCGCUAUCAGACCAGCGGAGCCUCUCCUGAUGUUGUGCCGAGUGGUCUUAAAGGCUGGGGAAGCAAGAAGAACAACAUGGAGAUCACAUGGCAGGCACUUAAGAACACAGAAAGGAAUGGGCCAAACCUGCGAUACAUGGUCUCAUGGAGAAGGAAGGACACUGAGGAAGAGUGGAAUAACACAACCACAACCAGAACGAAGCACAUUAUUCAUAAUACAGACACCUAUGUCCCGUAUGAGAUCAAAAUAAAGGCCAUCAAUGAUUUUGGACACAGCCCUGAGUCAAACAUAGUCAUUGGUUAUUCUGGGGAAGACAAACCAUCCGCUGCACCAACAGAACUCAGGGUGUCGAAGAUCAACAGCACCAAAGUAAAUGUACACUGGGUGCCUGUGGACCCCAGCACUGUGAACGGAGAGUUUAAAGAGUACAAGUUGUACUACUGGCGGGAGGCCAGCCUCAUUAAGGGCCUGAAAGUGAACAAGACAAAGUUGCAUAAAGGCUUCUUCACCAUGGCAGAACAGCCCUCUGGCAUCCUGACAGAGCUUUUUCCGUAUAGCAAAUACAAGAUGUACAUGGUGGUGGCUAAUAGAGAAUAUGAGGGACCACAAAGCAACACUGUGGAGUUCUACACCAAGGAGGGAGAGCCAGGGGCUCCAAAGUACUUUAGGAUUCAGAGGCACACAGACGUGGUUCACCUGAAGUGGGACAAGCCCCUAGAGCCAAACGGUGUCCUGAUAGGAUACACACUUCAAUACCACACAGUGAACGGGACACAGGCGGGAGAGAGGAAGGUCCAGAGUUUUCCAGCCAACGUGACAGAGUACAUCAUGAAUCUGCCUAACCGCUUCACACGGUUCAAGUUCUACCUUGCAGCUCGCACACAGGUCGGAGCAGGAGAAGUGUACGCCGUGGAGUCACCACAUUUCACUAAUGAAGGCACCCCAGAUACUGACUCUACAGUUGUAGCCGUUAACUUUACGGAUGCCUUGAUGUUCGAAACUCCUCCUCCUCCCCCUCCCCUCUCCACUGACCCAAUCCCAACAAUACUUACCCCAGAACCAGCCACACCAGCCCCUACAACGGCUGCUCCGCCCAAACCUACUACUACCACUACUACCACAACUACUACAACUACUACCACCACUACUACAACAGCUUCCACCACGGUUCUUCCUGUUCGGCCCAUGUCUCCUAAAACAGUGGAUUGGAAAAUGCUGGCCCCGAAUGUAAAGAUCUGGAAUCUGACCGUGGAUGCUAACAAUGACUAUGCUAACGUCAGCUGGAAGCACAACUUCUCCGUUGACAGCAGCGAGUUUGUGCUAGAGUUCACACUGGACAGUAAUGGGUCGAUGAAAAGCAUACAAGUAAACCACCAGCCUCCCAUUAAGCUGGCUGGGCUGGUGGCCGGGGCCAAGUAUCGGUUGCGGGUGUAUUCCCAUGAGUACAACUCCAUCAGCAGCGACUAUGUCACGUUCGAGACAGGCAGAGCCUACAAGGAGCAGGAAGACAUUGCUACUCAGGGCUGGUUCAUUGGGCUGAUGUGUGCCAUCGCUCUAUUGGUUCUCAUCCUGCUCAUUGUUUGUUUCAUCAAGAGGAGUCGUGGAGGAAAAUAUGCAGUGAGAGACAAGAAAGACCUCCCCUUAGAUCCUGUUGACCAUAAAGACCAAGAUGGUUCAUUUGACUAUCACAGCGACGAAGACAACAAGCCAUUGCAAGGCAGCCAAACAUCCCUAGACGGGAACGUAAAAGAGAGCGACGACAGUCUGGUGGAUUAUGGUGAAGGAGGAGACGGCCAGUUCAACGAGGACGGCUCUUUCAUAGGCCAGUACACAGUUAAGAAGGACAAAGAGGAGACAGAAGGAAACGAGAGCUCAGAAGCCACGUCACCCGUUAAUGCCAUCUACUCUCUGGCAUAGCACCCUAACCUGAGCACGGCGCCCCCAGCGGGCCGGAGUGUGCCACUACACGCGUAAAAAUACAUAUAUAUACAUACAGAGAGAAUUACAAGUAUUCACAUACAAUGCACUGGAGUGCAUGAUCCUUCUAAACAAGGGAUGGGGAAAGGCAGGUGAGCCAAAAACGGUGUUCAGAAACCUUUCUUUAAGGUAUCCCCAUGCCCCACACAGACUUUAGUGUGCCUUUAGGGCGACGGGGCGGACUUUUGAGCUUUUCGUGUGGCUUAUGCUCUUCUUUUUUCAUUUUGUAAAUCUUUAAUCUGCCCCUUCCUCCUCCUCCUAACUGUAGCUAGCAUCAAAGAAACGGAGAUACAA